AUGUUCGCCGCCAAGGUCCUCACCCCCGUCGCCGCGCUUCUCAGCGUCGGUUCCGCCAUGCCCGCCGCCCGCGCCACCAACUGGGGCAACUGGACCCUGACCGACAUCAAGGGCGUCGAAGACCCCUCCAACGUUUACCUCGAGUUCAACCUGACCGACUACAACAUCCCCGGCACCGUCUCGUGCUACGCCACCCUCAGCGACCGCGUCGGCGGCCCUGACGCCCCCUACUUCCCCUGCACCAACGAGGCCGUCUCGUUCACCACCAACAUCGACCUCAGCGAGAUCUACAUCUCCCGCAGGCUUUACCAGGUCGAGGCCAUCGCCGUCCUCAACGGCUCCGCUCCUCUGAACAUUGUCGAGACGCCCACGAGCGCCGGCUCUGACUUCACCGCCCCUGAUGUCAUCGUCAAGGAGAACCUGGUCCAGACCAUCAUCGAGUCGUAA